AUGGCACCUCCUACUAUGAUCGAGACUUCUGUUAGACAUGAAUUCUCCCCUAUUGUUACAGAGGACAGAGUUGUAAGAAUGUCGUCAGAUGCACAAAACUCAGAUGUUAAGUUUGCUGAUUGGGACAAGUUCAAAUUUACACCUAUUAGAGAAUCUACAGUUUCUCGUGCAAUGACAAGCCGUUAUUUUGCUGACUUAGACAAGUACGCUGAGUCUGACGUUGUUAUCAUUGGUGCUGGUUCUGCUGGGUUAUCUGCAGCUUAUAUUUUGGCUAAGAACCGUCCAGAACUCAAAAUUGCCAUUAUUGAAGCCGGAGUUAGCCCAGGUGGUGGAUGUUGGUUAGGUGGUCAAUUAUUCUCUGCUAUGAUCUUACGUAAACCAGCACAUCUCUUCUUAGAAGAAUUGGGGCUUGAGUACGAAGAUGAAGGUGAUUACGUUGUUGUGAAACAUGCUGCUUUCUUCAUGUCGACUUUGUUAUCAAAGGUUCUUCUGUUCCCAAAUGUUAAGUUAUUCAAUGCUACUGCCGUUGAAGAUUUAAUCACCCGUCGUGAUGAAACCACUGGAGAUUUAAGAAUCUGUGGUGUUGUCACCAACUGGACUCUAGUUUCCCUUAACCAUGACACUCAGUCAUGUAUGGAUCCUAACACUAUCAAUGCUAAUGUUAUCCUUUCUGCGUCUGGUCACGACGGUCCAUUCGGUGCUGGUAGUGCUAAACGUUUGGACAAAUUGGGAUGUAUUGAAUUAGGCCAUAUGAGAGGUUUAGAUAUGAAUAGUGCCGAGGAUGCCAUUGUUAAGGGUACCAGAGAAGUCACUCCAGGUUUGGUUGUAACAGGUAUGGAAUUGGCAGAAGUCGAUGGCUCCAACAGAAUGGGUCCUACUUUCGGUGCCAUGGCGCUUUCUGGUGUCAAGGCUGCCGAAGCUGUGUUAAACGUAUAUGAUUUAAGAAAGAAACAAAACAAUCCUUAA